GGCGGUUGGUGCGUCAUUUCCCAGGCUCCCCCGCGGCGCUAGCGGAGCUCGUCCCCGCGCCGUGACCUUCGGUGGCGGCCCGCGCGCUCCCGGCCCUCACGAUGGUGCAGUUGAUGAUUCCAAAGUCAUGGAAAGCCAUGAAGUUCUACUUCACUACCGUCUAUCAAGAAAUCUGGGUUGGUGUAGCAUUAACAGCUUAUGCCUACUACAAAAUUUCAUAUGGUGGCAAAAAAGCAGUGGCAAAUAAGUCCUCUGGUGCUGGCCAUCAUUAAAGACCUCUUCUCGGAGUAUGCAUUUGGUGGUUCAUCAUCUUUACUGUAAAUGAAGCAAGUUACAGCCAUAGGGAAGUUAAUUCUCAAACUGUACCUGAUCCAUCUGCUGUAAUUGGAGAAAGAAUUAAAUCCACUGAAAACAACAAGGAAUUAAACAUGUUGGACUAAAGAA